AAAUCUGAAUUAAAGCUAUAAUUGAGUUAUAAUUGAGUUGUGAUUGAAAUCGUUGUAAAAGUGAUGACAAUUAGCGGCAAAACAAACGACGAUUUGUUUGAAGAGUUGAACUCUUCUGAGGAUCCGUUGAGUUAUGUCAACAAAUACUAUAAAGACCUGAAGAAGUCUUCGUCGGCCAAACAGUUGACAAUCGGUGCCAUAAGUGGAUGGACUGCAGGCUUUGUUUUGGCCAAAUUCGGGAGGACUGCCGGCGCGGCCAUUGGCGGCACUUUCCUCCUCUUGAAUUUGGCUCACUAUAACGGAUACAUUCGCGUCGAUUGGAAACGAUUGAAUCGAGACUUGGAUUUGGCUAAAAAGGAGUUCAAUAAACGCAAGGAUAAAGAGUUACCACAAUUGACCCAAAAAGCCAAACGCUUUGCCAAAGACAAUGCGGUGAUGGCCUCCGGAUUUGCCGGCGGUUUUCUUCUCGGCCUUUCUUCCGCUUAACACUCUUUACUAUUCUUUCAUUUUAUGGAUUUUAUUAUUAUUUCAAUUCCUUAAUCAGUUUGUCAUGUAAUAUACAUUUAGUUGCAUUUAUUUUAAUUUAAAUAAAAAUGUUCAUUUUCAUAGUCUCUCUCUCUCUCUCUCUCUCU